AUGGAGGGGGCUCUGGUGAGUGCGGCGACAGGAGCCCUGAGACCCAUCCUCGGGAAGUUGUCCGCCCUGUUGGGUGAUGAGUACAUGCGGUUCAAGAGUGUGCGAAAGGAGAUCAAGUCACUGACCCAUGAACUCGCUGCCAUGGAUGCUUUCCUCCUGAAGAUGUCAGAGGAGGAGGAACCCGAUGUGCAGGAUAAAGUUUGGAUGAAUGAGGUGCGCGAGCUGUCCUACGACAUGGAGGAUACCAUCGAUGACUUCAUGAAACAUGUUGAUGACAAAGACACUAAGCCUGCUGGUUUUAUGGACAAGAUCAAGAGCUCGCUAGGGAAGAUGAAGGCUCAACAUCGGAUCAGAAGCGAGAUCCAAGAAUUGAAGAAGCAAAUCACUGAGGUUGGUGAUCGGAAUGAAAGAUACAAGUCUCGAGACAUCUUCUUCAAACAACACGAGGCAUCCUCCAACACUAGAAACGCAGUUGUUGACCCUCGAGCUCUUUCUAUCUUCGAGCAAGCCUCAAAACUCGUCGGAAUUGAUAAACCCAAGCUUGAGAUAAUCAAACUAUUGACUGAACAGGAUGGAUGUGUUUCAGAAAAACAACAACUAAAGUUGGUCUCUAUCGUUGGUUGUGGAGGAAUGGGCAAGACAACUCUUGCAAACCAAGUGUAUGAAGAUCUCAAAGGGAAAUUCGAGUGUGGGGCCUUCUUAUCGGUGUCGCGAAAUCCAAACAUGAUGAAUCUCUUGAGGACUAUUCUUAGUGAAGUUAGUGGCCAAGAUUAUGCUAACACAAAAGCAGGAAGCAUACAACAACUCAUCAACAAAAUCAUCUAUGUCCUUGCAAACAAAAGGUAUUUUGUUGUUGUUGACGAUAUAUGGGACGUGGAUACAUGGGAUGUUAUUAAGUGUGCAUUCCCCAUGACCAGUUCUGGGAGUAUAGUAAUCACCACUACUCGUAUGAAUGAUGUCGCCGAGUCAUGUCAAUCAUCAUGUAGUGGCUCUAUUUAUAAUAUGAGGCCUCUUGAAAUGGUGCAUUCAAGGCAACUAUUUCAUAUAAGACUGUUCAAUUCUAAUGAAGAUUGCCCUUCACAACUUCAAAAAGUUUCCGAUGCAAUUUUGAGAAAAUGUGCAGGCUUACCUCUGGCAAUAAUUGCCAUAUCUGGGUUAUUGGCUACAAUAGAAAGAACAGAAUGUAUGUGGAAUAAAGUGAAAGAUUCAAUUGGUCGUGCACUUGAAAGGAAUCGUAGCGUCGAAGCAAUGAUAAAGAUACUGUCACUUAGCUACUUUGAUCUUCCUCCUGAUCUAAAAACUUGUCUCUUGUAUCUGAGUAUAUUCCCGGAAGAUUCUAUUAUUGAGAAGGAAGCCUUGAUAUGGAGAUGGAUUGCUGAGGGAUUCAUUCAUAGAGAUGGCAGAUAUACAGCACAGCGGUUAGGCGAGAGGUGUUUUAAUGAGCUCCUCAAUAGGAGUUUAAUCCAAGUUGCAUCGAUUAAUGAAUAUGGUGAGGUGGAGAGUUGUCGGGUUCAUGACAUAAUUCUUGAUUUCAUCGUAUCGAAGUCCAUUGAAGAGAACUUUGUCACUCAAGUCAGUAUGCAGUAUAUAGCUCGUGGGACACAAAGCAAAGUUCGCCGUCUCUCUCUCCAAGUCGACGAGGACGGAAAUUCUAUAAGAAAGAUAGACAUGCUAUUGUCUCAUGUCCGUUCACUCAAUGUGUCUGGGUAUUCCAUGGAAAUCCCUCCUCUCGGUAAGUUUGGGCAUUUGCGUGUUGUGGACCUUGAGUUUUGCCACCAAGUGGUAAACAGCCAUCUUAUAAAUAUUGGGAGGUUGUUUCAGUUAAGGCACCUGAACCUGGGAUGGACGGGAAUAAGUGAGCUCCCAGAAGAAAUCGGCCAUCUAAAAUGCUUAGAGAUGCUGGACAUAAGAGGUACCAACGUACAAGAAUUACCAGCCACUAUUGUGAAUCUCAGAAGAUUGGUGUAUCUGCUUCAUGACAGUAGUGUUAAGAUUCCUAAUGGAAUUGAGAAUCUGCAAGCAUUGGAGAAGUUGGAAGAGGUCAAUGUCUAUCGGCAGCCAUUUAAAUUCUGUCGAGAACUUGGGCAGCUACAGAACGUGAGGGUGCUAGCCCUUGAUUUUGGAGGUGAUUCCAUCCCUUCACACGAAAAUGUCGUAAUGGAAUACAAUGAAGCUAUUGCUUCUUCUCUUCGCAAAUUAGGUGGUCAUAUGAUGUCUUCUUUAACUCUUAGUAAUGCAACUACCUUCUUAAGACAAGGACCUUCGUUCCUUGUUCCGUGUUGCCUCCAGGAAUUAGUCAUGACCAACUCACACAUGCAGCAGGUUCCCAAGUGGGUGAGUUCCCUUGUAAAUCUCCAGCUGUUGCGCUUACAAGUGUAUGAAUUCGGGCAGGAAGAUUUGUGCAUCCUUGGAACCUUACCGGCGUUGCUCAUUCUUGAAGUGACUGGAAUGGAGAAGGGCAGCGAUAUAAGCUUAACAGUUAGCCAUAACGUUGGGUUCCGAUGCUUGAGGAAGUUUUCCUUGGGAGCUUGUGGUUGGAUGGUGUUUGAAGCUGGAUCCAUGCCUAAGCUAGAAAAACUCGAAACUGGAAUUCAGUUCAACAAACAGUCUGAAUCUCACACUGCCAGCGGUGAUUCUUUGGAUUUCGGAAUGGGAAACCUCCCCUCCCUCAUUACUCUCAAAUUUUCAAUAUAUGCCUGGGAUGAUAGCACGCUUGCAGCUGCACAGGCUGCCAUGGAAAGAGCAGCCGUCACACAUCCCAACCGCCCUACUCUGAUCUUUCAGAAAAUCGGCACUAGCCGCAUUGAGGUACUAUUAAAUCCCAAGAUUUUACGUACUCUAUGA